AUGGUGCCACAUGGUUCUCGUCUCCCUUCCUUCCUUAGUGUGGUGGCAUCUAUAGUGCCACAUGAGUCGGUGAGGAACACGCCGUGCUCGGACGCCUCUCCCCCGGCCUCCUCGCAGCUCUCCUCGCAGCUCUCCUCGCAGCUCUCCUCGCAGCUCUCCUCGCAGCUCUCCUCGCAGCUCUCCUCGCAGCUCUCCUCGCAGCUCUCCUCGCAGCUCUCCUCGCAGCUCUCCUCGCAGCUCUCCUGUCCCUCGGAGAUCACGGUGGACCCGGAGGGGAGCUACCACGGCAGCACCACGGAGGAGGAGGGCAGCUAUAGCGGCAGCCUGGCCCCUCUGCGCCCGGUGCACGCACACGCACACCCGCUGAAGAGCUUCGCAGUCCCCGCCAUCCCCCCGGGAGCCCACCCCUCCUACGAGAACCCCGCCCUGCCCUGCACGCCCCUGCUCACACAGAGCGCUGGGGUGUCAACCGGAUUCUCCUGGUCACUGGAGCUGGACUCAGACAACACAUCAUCCCGACCGUCGACUUUCUCAGCCCGGUCCUCUGGCGCCUCGGCUUCUGGUGCCACAUGUGCCCUUGUGUCGUCGUCUGUGUCGUGCUCCUCACCCUCCUGA